AGUAAACACCCACGAACGAUGCGUAUAGGAGUUGGAAACCCUAUCCCUCUUUUUUGUCUUUCGGAUCUCUCACUUCUCCGGUGACCUAGGGGGGCACGCUCUGCUCUCAUCCUUUCCGUUUCCGUUGUCGUCCUCCGACGUAGGCCCCUGACUCCACCUACGCCCGCCUUUUGUUUCUCAGUCGAAGCUACGCGGUUGUGCUGUAAAGGGUUUUGGUGGAGAGUUUUAGCAUGCAUAUAGAGGCUUCCCAGUAUCUGAACUCGGGCAUGUUGUUGAAGAAGCAAUUUGGUGUUCUGAUGUAGUCUUUUUUGUUGUUGUCACAAUAUCCAAGAAAUUUAGCUCAAUAGAUUGGACUCAGAUUCUCCUCAUUAUUUAUGGACUGUAAUAAGGAAGAGGCCCUGAGGGCCAGGGAGAUUGCUGAAAAGAAGAUGCAAAGUAAGGAGUUUGUGGUAGCUCGCAAGAUUGCUUUGAAGGCCCAACUACUUUAUCCUGAUGUUGAGAAUAUUUCUCAGCUGCUUAUGGUCUGUGAUGUACAUUGCUCUGCUGCGCAAAAAAUAUCAGGGGAUGAGAUGGAUUGGUAUGGAAUCCUUCAACUCGAGGAGAACGCAGAUGAGGCUACAAUUAAGAAGCAAUAUAGGAAGUUUGCCCUCCAACUUCAUCCUGAUAAAAAUAAGUUUGCUGGUGCUGAAGCUGCUUUUAAGCUGAUUGGAGAAGCUCAGAGAAUACUUUUGGACAAAGAUAAACGUCUCUUGCAUAACAUGAGACGCAAGCCUUCAAUGAGCAGAAAGCCUGCGACUUUUUUUUCCGCUCAUAAGGCCAAUUGGACCUCAAAUGUGGUUCCAAACAACAGUAGAAGCAACCUUUCAGGUCUGAAUGCUCAGAAUCAGCGGCCACGACAACCAGCUAAUCCAGGGAACCCAGACCCCAGAGCAACGUUUUGGACUGUCUGCCCCUAUUGUGCAGUAAGGUACCAGUACUAUAAAGAAGUUGUUAAUAAAUCUCUUCGUUGUCAUAGUUGCCAGAAGCCCUUUGUGGCAUAUGACCUAAAUGCACCAGCAGCAGCUGAUUUUAGUAAACCUGUAUUCCCCCAACAAAAAGACAGUACUCACAAAGGGGAAGCACAAGUUCGUCCAAACUUUGGCACUGGGAAUUUGAAUGCAGAAUCAGUUAAAAAUGCAGGUAAGAAGGCAUCCCAUACUUCACGUGUUGGUAGAAGAAAGGUGAAUGGCAAAAGAGAAAGGAAGCGUACUCGAGAUAUGAGUGAGCUCUCUGAAUCUGAUGUAUCAGUCUCUGAAAGUAGCACUGACUCUGAAGAAGACAUGUCAAUUGAUGAGAAUGGCGAUCUUCAGAGUGAACCAAACACAGGUUUUUCCGGAGAGCAAAAUCCACGAAGAUCUUCACGCCAUAAACAACAGGUCUCUUACAAGGAAAACUUAAGUGAUGAUGAUGGUUAUGUGAAUCCAAAAAGGGCAAAGGGGAAAACAUCUGAUGGGGAGAAUGGAGAUCCAUCUAAAGAGAAGUCAGCUAAGGUUAAAAAUUUGUCUGAUGCUGCUUCUAAUGCGAAAGAAGAUGAGAAAGGGGUUAAACAGAAAGAAGGUGGUGAAGAGGGUGUACCUAAUGGAGAUAAGUCUAGGAAGAGCGCAGAGCUUAAAGAGCCAGUUCAAAUGGAUGGAUUGAAGAAAUCUGAAGGUUGUGCUGAUAUUGAUUCAAGCUUGGAGGAGACAUCAGAUCAGGAAUUCCAUAAAUAUCCUGAUCCAGAUUUUAAUGACUUUGAAAAGGAAAGGAAUGAAGAGUGUUUUGCAGUAGGGCAGGUAUGGGCUGCUUAUGAUACUUUUAAUGCCAUGCCCAGAUUCUAUGCUCAGAUCAGAAGGGUUUCUUCUACUGGGUUCAAUGUGCACAUAACCUGGUUAGAGCCGCAGCUAACUCAUGAGAAUGAAUUAAAAUGGCAAUCUGCGGACUUGCCAUUUUCUUGUGGUAAGUUCAAAUAUGGGGAUUCUGAGAAAACUGAAAAUCGUCUUAUGUUCUCUCAUCUAGUUUCUUGGGAAAAAGGUAGUAGUAGAGGUACUUUCGUGAUAUAUCCAAGAAAGGGGGAGAUCUGGGCUCUUUUUAAAAACUGGGAUAUUAAAUGGAGUAGUGAUCCAGAUGCACAUCGUCAGAGUGAAUAUGAAUAUGUUGAAAUUUUGUCUGAUUAUGCUGUAGAUGUUGGAAUACAUGUUGCUCUAUUGAGCAAAGUAAACGGAUUUGUGAGUAUUUUCUGUCGGAUGGAAAAGGUGGGGAAGAAGACAUUUCUUGUUCCACCAGGUGAGCUAUUGAGGUUUUCCCACAUGAUUCCAUCGUAUAAAAUGAAAGGUAAUGAAAGAGGAGUUCCAAUAGGAUCUUUCGAACUUGAUCCUGCUGCUUUGCCUCCAAUUAAAAUCACGACAGAGGACGACAGUGACAUGAAAAUGAGCCAUUCAGUGCCUCAGCAUGACAGUUCUACCAUUCCUUCAGCUCCAAGCCCAACAAAAGUGGAAAUUCCAGAUCCCGAGUUCUACAACUUUGAUGCUGAUAAGUCCAAAGAUAAGUUUCAGCUGGGUCAGAUCUGGGCGUUGUAUAGUGAUGAGGAUGGCUUGCCAAAAUACUAUGGUCAGAUUACGAAAAUUGAUUUUCACCCAUCUUUCAAGCUGCGUAUUUCAUGGCUUGCUUCUGUCUCCCUAUCAUCAAACAUUAUUAGAUGGUCUGAUGAGGACAUGCCUGUUUCUUGCGGUAGAUUUAAGGUUGAUAAGGGUGAAGAGGAUCAGGUUUAUGAUAGCGCAACUUCUUUUUCGCAUCUAGUAAAAGCAGAGCCUACAGGUAGAAGAAGCGAGUAUGACAUCCUUCCUAGGAAAGGUGAAAUUUGGGCAUUGUACAGGAACUGGAGUCCCAACCUCAACUGUAGUGACUUGGAAAACUGUGAAUAUGACAUAGUGGAAGUUCUUUCAGCUACCGUGUUACUAAUAAACGUUAUGGUUUUGGAACGUGUGGAUGGGUUUAAGUCGGUAUAUAAGGCUCGAGGGCAGGGAGGAUCAGCGUUAACAUGGAGUAUUCCCCAGGUUGAUUUUUUCAAGUUCUCUCACCAAGUUCCUGCAUUCCGUCUGACUGAAGAGAAAGGUGGCAAGCUUAGAGGCUUCUUUGAACUUGAUACUGCUGCCUUGCCAGUUCACUUUUUUUUGUUAAACCUAGAUCAAGAGGCUUCCUAGAAAAGGUGCAUUAUUUGAUAGAAUAGAUUUCUUCAGUAUGCUACUUCUUUAUUUGAUCCAUGGUUUAGCGGCGUUCCAGAGAAAGUAGGAUCUUUGCCCUGCUUUUUGUUGCAAUGAAAGGUUUAUGUACUGAUCCUUAAUAUGUCCACGAGAAGGCCCCAAGUUCCAUUUAUUUAAAAGUUUAACUCUGGUUUUUAUAUAUUUUCGUCAUGGAUACUUUUUUUUUUUUUGGUUAACUCGGAAAUGUAAGAAGUAGAUAUUAACAUAGC